AACCCGUGACAGAAGCUGCGCUGAAAGAAUGUAGUUUAGACCGGUUUGAUUCGUAUAAACGCAACAGGAAUCAGUCUGACAUGCGUAAUUAGAUUAUGUAAACCUCUGCAAAGAGUUGCUGAAGAAAGGAAUACGAUUCACACGCGAUAAAUGACAUUGAUAUCUGUGAAUGUAUGAGAAGAGUUGGGAUGAUGACCAUGAGACGAAUCAAAGCCAAUGACAGAAACAAAGCACAGCUCAUAUUCAAUUCGUUCCUCUGCUGUUUCAGUCUGAGGACUGGUAGCUUAACACUUGCUUGUGCGAAUGUUGCGAUGUCUGUUACUGGUAUUUGGCAUUCACUGCACUAUGGUAACAUGGGUUGUCGACACCCUGAAUGCCCAGGUAUAAAAACUGUGCAUUAUGUGUGGACUGGCGUGAGCAGUUUUUCCUUUGUAUUCAAUGCUUAUCUUCUGAUUUCGCUGAUAAAGAAGUCCUUUAAAAGCAUAACGAUCUGGACAGUAUGGAAUGGAAUUGUUCUCAUUAUUCGUUUUACAAUCUUUGUUUUGAUUCUUGCUCUAAACGGCAACAAACAGUCUGUCGCUGGGAACAUUAGUUUUCAUAUCAUCGCUUUUUUUGUUACGAUUUAUUCAAUACUAGUGUUGCUAUCUUACAAUCAGCAAGUUACAUUGAUGACCUUUGGAUACUUUGAACGGUACCGAUACCCCGCAAAAAGGUUCCCAUUGAAAGUGAAACAUGACGAUUAUUCGGAAGCAGAUGAUGAAGAAAUGAGAGUAUUUAUCGAAGAAGAAUUUGUUUAGAAAGAAAAUUAUCACUCGUCGUUUUCCUGAAGUAGAUUUUGUAAAUUUGGUGUCAGCAAGUCUGUUUAGGACACGACAAAAACGGCUGGUUGGAUCUUGAUGUAAAUAUUUUAAUACUCGAACUAGAAUAUUUUAAUACAUUUAACGCCCACUACCAUUGCUGCUACGUACUUUGGAGGAAACAUUGACCAAUCAAGUGCGAUAGCUCUAUCAGAUUAACCAAUCGUGAGCGUAUUAGGUCAACCAAGUUGUAGUAGGUACUGGAAUAGUGGUAGUGAAAGUCAAACAUGAACGUCGUUGUUAUUAAUUUUUUUAAUACCUCCAACUGGCUGUUUCCGUUUAAUAAAUCAAGUUUCUAUGGUUUGGCCGUUUGCACUGUCUUGUCACUUGUGUUAAGCUUGUUCGAAAAUCUUUUAAAAAUUCUAUUCAAAAAUCUUUUGCAAUAAGUUUGCAGAAUCUAGCUAUUUCAUCCGCGAAGUGUUUUGCAACAAAAGAAUGUUACAAGUGGUGA